CACCUCCGUUUCCAACUUAAUCAUACCCAUUUCCAUUUCUUCUCCUUGCCCAAUUCAUAUUUCUCCUUCCCAAUCAAACAUCCUCACCUACUCAACACCCCUUUCCCCCACCUCCGCCGCCGCCGCCGCGCGCUUUUUCUCCUCUGACGCAGCCACCACCUUCCAAUCUCCUCAAUUUAUGAAUCCAAUCCGAUAAUCUCCUCGUUUAUUUUCUUCCGAUCGGGUUCCGCUGCUUACUUUUACUCUCAUCUUGCGAGGAUCUAGGGGUUUUUCCCUCUUUUAUCAAGUAAAUUCAUACCACAGGUUCUUUUGAUACAUUCUGUAUUAAUUGGAUUUUAUUUCCCAUUUAAUCGAGUGAAAUUUGGAAACUUUCCUGGUUUCCUUUAUGUAAAGGAAUGAAGAGGUCGUCGUACUAUAAUGCGGUUCCUGAGGUGCCAGAUCAGUGGCCAAUCAAAAAAGCACUUACGCUCUCUGAUAUUGAUAUUACCCACCCCUUCCUAACGUUGUCCCGGCAACAAGUUGAAACUAACAUCGUAUUGUACAUGACACCUCAAGAUCAGGAAAUCUUAAGAGCUGAAGGACAAGUGGGGUUUAAUGCUCAGGAUGAUGACAAUGGCGAUAUGUAUGUGAUGAGAUUGAAGUGGCGUGGGAGCUAUUAUAAUCUCAUUGGAAAAUGGGGAAAAGUUAUCCGUGGAAAGGGACUUGAUGUUGGGCAGGAAAUUAGACUACGGUGGUUUAAUGGCUGCUUACAUUUCUCAGUACCACAACAGCAGAUUGUUGUAGUUCCACCACCAGUCCGCUUGGUUACAGCACCACCCUUGGUGCAGGACCAAAGGCUGCAGGACCACUGGCCUAUUAGAAAAAUCCUGACCUCAUCAGAUGUUGAUACUACUCAUCCUUUCCUUCCAUUGCCUCGUAAGUUGGUUGAAGAGCAUAUUCUUUCACAAUGGACGCCACAAGAAAGGGAAACUUUGAGGAAAGAAGAGCAGGUGCCGAUUAACGUUCGAGACUAUGACACAGGUGAAAUUUAUGGGUUGAAAUUAAGGUGGCGUGGGAAUUACUAUAACCUAGUUGCGAAGUGGGCUAAUGUUAUUAGACAUAAAGGGCUUGGUGUUGGGCAAGAGAUCAGAUUGCGCUGGUUAAAUAAUUGCUUAUACUUCUCUAUUCCAGAGGAGCAUUAUGUCACAGCAACACCGGGUCCUGAUAAUUGGCCUAUUAAGAAAGCCCUCACAUUGUCCGAUGUGGAUACAAAUCAUCCUUUCCUUACAUUACCAGGAAAAGCAGUAGAGGAUCACAUCCUCUUCUACUGGACUCACCAAUCUCGGGAGCAGUUAAGGAAUGAACAUCAAGUUGGAAUCAAUGCUCGGGAUUAUGAUAUGGGUGAUGUGUAUGUGAUGAAGUUGAAGUGGCGUGGAAGUUAUUACAACCUGAUUGGUAAAUGGGGUAAAAUCAUAAGAGAGAAAAGGCUGCAAGUAGGGAGGGAGAUUAGAGUACGCUGGGACAACGGGUACUUGGUUGAUAUGAUCAAUGGGGUAGUUUUUCUGGACAAGAACUUUCAACUUGGUUACCUUUCAUUUAGAUACAAUGAGCACACUGGUGGGUAACAGCCAAAUAUCUGCAGUUGAAGUGAGUGAUUGAGAUCAUGGAACACUUGCACAAGUAGAGUUUAUGCUGCUUGAGCUUACAGUUGAUUUGAAGGAAGAGAUGAUUGCCUCAUUGGCUUCAGAUUUGAUUAUUGCUGUGUACAUACAUGUGGAAGAUUCUCGGUUAUUGUGGACCGUGUUCUUGAAAUCGAUCAUUUUUUCUUGUCGCAGGCGAAGAACUUCUCCUAUAUCAUUUUGCUCGGAUUAAGAUAUACUCAGUGUUAAUCCAACGAAGUAUAAACAUUUUAUCUGUUUUUCAAAUUUCUGCUCCAGACUCUGCCUGAUGAAAGUCUAUAAUAGUUAUCUGCUUCCAGUUUUAUAUU